GAUCAGCUAUUCCUGCAGCCCUACUGCUUUUGCCGGCACGUAAGGAUCAAAGAUUCUGUAAACUAACCAGCUACUCACUCAAAUGCACGAAAAAUAGAUGAGUGGGAAAUAAAAAUGCCGUGGGAAGAAGUGAAAUGGAGCAAGGAUAUUUGUGCAGGAAGAACAGGAUGCGGGAGCUUACCUCACCGGCCCGCGAUAUUUCGUCAGCUUUUUAACCAAUUGAUCAUCGAGUUGUUUUUGAAACACAAUCUUUAGAACUCAACAGAAAAGUGAACCGAGAGUUACACAUAUAGGACUAUGACGGAUUUAGAAGAAUCAGAAUCACCGCCGUUGAUAACUCGUCGACGCCGAAGGCGAUACAGGAUUAAUUUGUCUCGACAUGUUUACAAUGAACGAGAAUUCACUGAGUCGUUUAUCAACCAAGAGGAAUACACAGCGAGUUCUGAGUUUGAACCCUCAUCCCUUGCAAAAACAUUGAGGCGAAAUUUCUUACCAUCUAGAUGUACGUGUAAAGAUAUCUUGCAAUCAUGGUUUCCCAUCGUGGAGUGGCUACCGGCCUAUAAUAUUCGCCGUGACUUGGCACACGACAUAGCGGGAGGUUUAACCGUGGCGAUUAUGCAUAUUCCUCAAGGUCUGGCAUAUGCAUUGCUAGCAUCACUUCCAGCUGUUACAGGACUGUACACAGCUUUUGUUCCUAUUCUUGUUUAUAUGGCCAUGGGGACCUCCAGGCAUAUAUCUUUAGGAACAUUUGCUGUGGUUUGCCUCAUGGUUGGUCAUGUUGUUGACAGAGAAGUAGAACAAUCUUUGUCACCCACCCCAACAGCACCAGCUCCUACAAAUCCGCCUCUUGAUGGCUCAGUUAAUGAAGUAUUACGGAAUUCAAUUUAUAAACAUGAGUCCAAUGGCAGUUCAUCAAAUGAACAGGACUUGCUGGAUGAAAAGAAGUUAGAGGUUGCUGUAGCACUGUCAAUGCUUGUUGGUCUUCUACAGCUUUUAAUGGGUCUAUUGAAGCUUGGUUUUGUUGCUGUGUAUUUAUCUGAUCCUAUCAUUAGUGGUUUCACAACUGGUGCAGCAAUUCUGGUUUUCACAAGUCAGGUGAAACACAUCCUUGGAUUGGAGGUUCCACGAUACUCUGGAGCAUUUGCUGUAGUAAAGACCUACAUAUUCAUGUUCAAGAAUAUUACUCUUGCUGUACCAGGAUCAGUCAUCACUGGAGUUGUCUGUAUCCUUGUCCUGAUAGCACUGAAAUAUAUCAGUGAGAAGCUGAAGCACAGAAUGAAAUUUCCUAUACCAGCUGAGUUAAUAGUGGUUGUCCUUGGAACAGUUGUGUCUUAUUUUGUUGGAUUGAAUGAAAAAUUUCAAGUUUCAGUUCUGCGUGAUAUCCCUAAGGGGUUACAAGCACCAUCUGCUCCAUCCUUCAUGCUGAUGGGAAACAUGGUGACAGAUGCCAUUGUGAUUUCUAUUGUUAUAUUUGCCACAAACAUAUCUUUGGCCAAAACAUUUGCCAAAAGAAACAAUUAUGUGAUUGAUUCAAAUCAGGAACUGAUUGCUUGUGGAUCUGCAAAUGUGCUGGGUUCCUUUUUUUCUUGCUUCCCUGUGAGUGGUUCACUUUCCAGGUCUGUGAUUCAAGAAAGCAUUGCAAGAACACAGCUCUGCAGCAUCCCUGUUGUUGUAGUUAUUAUCUUGGUUUUACUUUUUAUUGCACCUCUCUUCUAUCACUUGCCAAAGGCAAUACUGGCUGCUGUGGUAGUUGUUGCACUCAAGGGGUUGUUCCGACAGUUUAAUAGACUGGUACAGCUGUGGAGAAUGUGUAAGCCCGAUGCUGUUGUUUGGUUUGCAGCAUGGUUAGGAGUUGUAUUGCUUGGUAUUGACAUUGGGUUAGGAGUUGGAGUAAUCAUGGCUCUGGUAGUGGUAAUCUGGAAGUCAUCCAGACCUCCUGCUUCACUUCUUGGUCAGAUUCCUAACACCGGAAUUUACAGAGGCCUCCAAAGGACAACUUCGGCAAAGCCGAUUCCAGGAAUAAAAAUUUUUCGAUUUGAAUCUGCGAUGUUUUACGCCAAUUCAGAAUACUUUCGAAGCACUUUGAUAGAAACGACUGGAGUUGAUCCACAGAAACGCAGCAGGCUUGGUAGCUCAGCAGUGCGUUAUAGGCACAAUGAGGAGGAUACAGGGAGUCCGGCAAUAGAAAUAACAAGGACUGUUUCAAUCAAUAGAGCUCUGGAGAAUGGGGAUGUGGAAGUUUCUCUCAGUGAUCUUGGAAAUAACGAAGAUCCCUCAGGAGAUGAUCCAACCCCUGUUCACGCCAUCAUAAUUGACGCCAGUACGUUUAAUUUUAUUGACACCCAAGGUGUGAACACUUUGUUGCAGCUUGGUCUAGAGUAUGAAAAGAUUGGAGUAAAAUUCUACUUGGCGCACUGUCGAUAUUACAUACGGGAAAUGUUAGAGAAAGCUGGCUUUACGGCGAGAAUAGGAACAGAACAUUUGUUUGUGUCUGUACAUGACGCAGUGAUACACGCUGUUGGAAUUCACUCUGAGGACGCGUCCUAUUCGACUCCUGUGAUGAGUGACACUGAAUCAGCACUUGAGGCUGGACCUUCUAAUCAACAGGUAGAAGAAUGAAUGGGAGCAAACGAUUUGAGAUGACUCGCGAAGUUAAUCAAAGAACAUACAACAGCCCACGCACGGAAUCUUAACACACCGUCCCUAAAAAGAAAGCUAUGCAACGCUUAGAUACUCAGAAGUGGAAUUCAAUCAUACCGAACGAAAAGUGUCCGAUUUUUAUUUUUUAUAAUGUUUCCAGUGAUAAUUUUUUACGUGGGGCAAGUUCUACUCAUUUGACUCGCGGUAAGCAGGGUUAUUAAUUUCGCUUGAGCUUUGGACGAUGAUUUAACAAGAAAAAAGAAGGUUCGCAAACAGAAAAGAAUUGGUCAAUUGAGAAGCGCUAACCCGGACCUCUCCAACAGUAACAUCCUUAAAUCAAAUAUAGGAUCAAUAUCA